CGGCUCCCGGCGCCCGGUCCCUGCGAAGCCCUGCCAGGGUGUGAGGGCUCAGACGCACUGGGAUGAGCUCUGGGCUGCCCAUCGCCAAGGGAUGUGGUGCUGGAAACACCAGGCCUUCAGGAGCAGUGAGGUGCCUGACUGAUGGAGCCAGUGCUGGCCACGCACUCUCCUCGAGGCAGCUGGCUGAGCCCCGUGCAGGAGCACUAGUGGGACGUGGACGGCAGCGUGUGCUGCCCUGGGAGGGACGAUGGCUCACGGCACCGGGAGCAUCAACAGCGACUACAGGGACUGGGAGUGGAGCGCUGAUGCUGGGGAGCGGGCCAGGCUCCUGCAGAGCCCCAGUGUGGAGACGGUGCCUAAGAGUGGAGAGAGCCAAGGGAACGGUCCUGGGGCCACGUCAGCACUGGGAGCCGUCUUCAUCGUGGUCAACGCUGCGCUUGGGGCCGGGCUGCUCAACUUCCCCGCCGCCUUCGGCAUGGCCGGCGGUGUGGCCGCAGGCAUCGCGCUGCAGAUGUGCAUGCUGAUCUUCAUCAUCGGAGGCUUGGUGAUCCUGGCGUACUGCUCGCAGGCCAGCAACGAGCGGACCUACCAGGAGGUGGUGUGGGCUGUGUGCGGGAAGGUGCCCGGCGUGCUCUGCGAGGUGGCCAUCGCCGUCUACACCUUUGGCACCUGCAUUGCCUUCCUCAUCAUCAUCGGAGACCAGGAGGACAAGAUCAUCGCUGCUCUGGUGACGGAGCCCGAGGAAGCCGGGAGCGGCCGCUGGUACACGGACCGCAAGUUCACCAUCAGCAUCACGGCCUUCCUCCUCAUCCUGCCCCUCUCCAUCCCCAAGGAGAUUGGCUUCCAAAAAUACGCCAGCUCCCUAAGUGUGAUUGGCACCUGGUAUGUCACAGCAGUCAUCAUCAUCAAGUACAUCUGGCCUGACAAGGAGCUGGCACCCGUGGAGAUCCCCACCAGCCCUUCCAGCUGGACAGCUGUCUUCAACGCCAUGCCCACCAUCUGCUUUGGGUUCCAGUGCCACGUGAGCAGUGUGCCCGUCUUCAACAGCAUGAAGCAGCCGGAGGUGAAGCCCUGGGGGGCGGUGGUGACGGCGGCCAUGGUCAUCGCUCUCUUCGUCUACACGGGCACCGGCGUCUGCGGCUUCCUGACCUUUGGGGCCGGGGUGGAGCAGGAUGUCCUGCUGUCCUACCCCUCCAACGACAUCCCCGUCGCCCUCGCCUUCAUCAUCCUGUGUGUGCUGACGUCCUACCCCAUCCUGCACUUCUGCGGCCGGGCUGUCCUGGAGGGUCUCUGGCUCCGUUACACCGGAGUGACGGUGGAGGAGGACGUGGUUCGGGAGCGCAGGAGGCGCCUGCUUCAGACCAUCAGCUGGUUCCUCCUCACCCUCCUCCUGGCUCUCUUCAUCCCUGACAUUGGCAAAGUCAUCUCUGUCAUCGGGGGCUUGGCCGCCUGCUUCAUCUUUGUCUUCCCAGGGCUCUGCCUGAUUCAAGCCAAGCUCUCAGAGAUCCAAGAAACCAGAGCAAUCAGCUGGUGGGCCCUGGUGGGCUACGGGGUGUUCAUGGUCACCCUCGGAGCCUUCAUCUUCGGACAGACCACUGCCAACGCCAUCUUCGUGGAUCUCACAGCCUGACUGCUCGCCCAGAUGGACCACGCUGCUGCUGCUGAGGGGAUGCAGGUUUCCCCCAGCACCAAAGGGAAGUGAGGAGAAACACACCUGGGAAGAUCCAAGGGGAGUGUUGUAAUCUGGGUCUUGGCUGUAAGAGCCCCGUGGUGGUUUGUAUCUCACUGUCUUAACUCACCAGGCAGUCGGGCUUCUGCUCUCAGCCCUGACUCCCUGGUGAAGCCAGAGCAGUGUUACAAGGGGCCUGUGGUCCAGGUGAAGCCCUUUCUGCCCCUCAGGGUGGGCAUCACUACCUUAGACAUCCCUGGGGAGUCGGGGUUGGCGCAGGUGCCGCCGCUCUCAGCCAUGUGCCCCUGUGCUGGGGGAGCUCCUCCGCUGCUCAAACUCCUGACAGACACUUUGUCUGGCAUAAAGGGAACUGGUAACCUUGUUUAUCAGGCAGGGUGACAUUCCCCUGGUCCUCUUCUGUGUGUUGGUGUUUGGCUUGGUUUGGUUUGCUUUCCGGUGGCUCAUCUCCUGACCCCCCUCUCACCUCCCCCUGCGCCUGGGCUGCACUUUCUGUUACAAAGCAGGACUGUCACCUUCAGCCUGAUGGCUUUCACAGCCCCAGGGCAGGGACACUCUGGUGCUGUGUUUGCCCUGCCAGGGGUUGCUCACUCGCUACAGAAGGUGCUGUGGCUGCAUGGACCUGCUGCAGACACUACACUAGAGCAAAGCUCUUCUCCAAAUCCCAGUACUCUUCUUUCAAGAAGUUGUCCAGGGAAUGGGACUGUGCCAGAUGCAGGUUUUAAGGGAUGCUUUGGGAUAAAGCAGUCAGUACUACUCCGUUUUAGAGCAUUCCCUUGGUUGUUUACACCCUGUAUGGCUGGUGUUGCUCUGGGUUGUCUCUCCAUUGCAUCUGGAUGAUAGUUUCACUCCUGCUUUCACCAGGUCGAGCAGCUCCCCCAGCUGCAGAUUCAGUCAGGGCAGGUAAACCUCUCGACACCAACCUGCUCUUGUUCAGUCUUUGAGUUUCUUUGUUCCUUCUUUGGCUUCCAAAACCCUGGGGGAAGGGGGAGUUCCUGUGUAUCUGUGACUCCAUCUGUGAUGAGGGUCCAGCUUGGUGCAGCACCUGCCGUUGCUCCUGCUGCAUCUCCAGGAAGCAGCCCAGGCCGUGGGAGAGAGGUGGUGAGCCAGGCCACGCUUCCAGGCUUCCCACCGUGCCUCUCCCCCUCUGAAGCCAGCGGUGAGGGGUGGGAGGACAGCAGUGGGCACUUCCCCACCAAGGUUUGCUGUGUGUAAAUGGGGACCCUCCCUGCCCUUCCUCAGGGUGGGAGAGAGACCCAGAUGGAGGAAAAGCCGGGAGGGAAAGCCCCAAGCACAGCGUGAAUGUUUGAGGGACCCUGAGCUACCGCCCCCCUCCAGCCCCUCACCUCCUGACACAACCAGGCUCCAGCACCCCCUGCCCCAGGUGUGGGGGGUGUGUGUGUGUGGCACCCGCUGCCUCCCCAGCUCAGGGCCCCUGGGGCACAGAGGAGUGGGCGCCCAGGCAGGGGCCGCUCGUGCCCCGCGGGGACGGGCUCGGUGCGGGGGCCGUGCGGGGGUCCCGUGUCUGCGGUUGCCUUACAGCUCCCCUGACUGUUUACAGCCUUUCUACGUGUAUUCGUACGUGCGGAACGUGGAGGGACCUGGGCUCAAUAAACGUGGC